GUGCAUUUUGCUCCGCCUCGUUGGGUUUUCAUCGGUGACGGUCCUUUUUUUCUUUCCUUCGUCUCCACUCUCUCUCUCUCUUUCUGUUCCCUUUUUAAUAAGUCGAUGUGUAUGCAUCAUCGCCUCAUCACGGCUUGUUCUUCCUCUCUCUCCAAAACCCUUUUUUCUUCCGCUUCCUUUUCGCUCUGCCGUCGUCGCCCUAAUCGCAGGUUUUGAGGUAGGGCGUGGUCUGGAACCGCGAUGGCAGGGCACCGUUCGAGUCUCCCGCUGCGGCUGCAGCAGAUCUUAUCUGGCGGGAGGUCCCUCUCGCCGGUCCUUAAAUUGGAGAGCGAGCCCCCACCAAAAGUCAAGGAUUUCAUUGAUAGGGUGAUUAAGAGCCCAUUACAUGAUAUAGCCAUUCCUCUUUCUGGUUUCCGUUGGGAGUAUAAUAAGGGAAAUUUCCACCAUUGGAGGCCACUUUUUAUGCAUUUUGAUACAUACUUCAAGACAUAUCUUUCUUGCAGAAAAGACCUCUUAUCUGAAAAUAUUUUAGAGGAAGAACCCUUUCCCAAACAUUCUGUUAUGCAGAUCUUAAGAGUCAUGCAGAUUAUUCUGGAAAAUUGUCGCAACAAAAGUUCAUUUGGAGGUCUAGAGCAUUUCAAGAUUCUACUUGCAUCCACAGAUCCGGAUGUCCUUAUAGCUUCCUUGGAGACUCUUUCUGCGUUGGUGAAGAUAAAUCCAUCCAAGAUGCAUUUGGGUGGGAAACUGAUUGGUUGUGGUUCUUUGAAUAGCUAUCUGCUCUCUCUAGCACAGGGCUGGGGAAGCAAAGAAGAAGGCUUGGGUUUGCAUUCAUGUGUUGUGACAAAUGAGAGAAAUCAACACGAGGGAUUAAGCUUGUUUCCUACUGAUGUUGGUGACAAAUGUGAUGGGACCCAACAUCGAUUGGGUUCUACUCUCCAUUUUGAAUACAGUAUACCUUCUUCCUUAGCUACAGAAUCUACCACUGAAGGAAGCAAAUCAUCUAAUAUUUGUGUCAUAAAGAUCCUUGAUAUGCAUUUGAGAAAAGAGGAUGAUUUGAACAUUUUGAAGCAAUGUGUCGAACAGUUUAAUGUUCCUCCUGAGCACAGAUUCUCAUUACUUACAAGAAUUAGAUACGCCCAUGCCUUCCGAUCUCCUAGAAUAUGUAGGUUGUAUAGCAGGAUUAGUAUUCUUGCAUUCAUUGUUUUGGUACAAUCAAAUGAUGCUCAUGAUGAACUCACUUCUUUUUUUGCUAAUGAGCCUGAGUAUACAAAUGAGCUUAUCAAGCUUGUUCGCAAUGAAGAUUAUGUGCCGGGAAAUGUUAGGGCAUUGGCUAUGCUUGCAUUAGGAGCUCAGUUAGCAGCCUAUGCAUCAUCUCAUGAACGGGCUAGAAUAUUGAGUGGUUCAAGUAUUAUAUCUGGUAAUGGGAAUCGUAUGAUGCUGCUAAAUGUGCUUCAGAAAGCUAUUGCAUCACUUAGUAACCCAAAUGAUCCUUCUACUCCAGUGUUUGUUGAUGCUCUUCUUCAGUUCUUCUUACUUCAUGUGUUAUCUUCCUCGAGUUCUGGUAGUGCUGUAAGGGGCUCAGCAAUGGUUCCUCCUCUUCUACCUCUUUUGCAAGACUCUGAUCUGGCACAUAUGCAUAUUGUCUCCUCUGCUGUUAAGACCUUACAAAAGCUGAUGGAAUAUAGUAGCCCUGCUGUGUCUCUAUUAAAAGAUUUAGGAGGGAUUGAACUUUUGUCUAAGAGGCUGCAGAUUGAAGUAUACAGAAUCAUUGGCCCAGGUGAAGGUACAAGUAACUCAGUGACAUCUGCAGAUACAAUAAGCCCCGAUGAAGAUCAAUUGUACUUGCAGAAACACCUUAUUAAGUGCUUGCUUAAGGCAUUGGGUUCUGCAAUGUACUCUCCAGUGAAUACUGCAAGGAAUCAAGAUUCCCAACAAAACUCCUUGCUUUCAUCUUUAUCCUUGAUAUUUAGAAAUGUAAGCAUGUUUGGUGGGGAUAUUUAUUUUGCAGCAGUAACUGUUAUGGGCGAAAUAAUUCAUAGGGAUCCAACAUGCUUUCCUGUUCUUGAUGAGUUUGCUGUCCCCAAGUCGUUUUUAUUAUCAGUGACAUCUGGGAUUCUUCCUUCUUCAAAGGCACUCAUCUGUGUUCCUAAUGGUCUUGGUGCUAUCUGUCUUAAUACCAAGGGAUCAGAGGCAGUGAAAGAAACUGCUGCAUUGCGAUUUCUGGUUGACACCUUCACAACAAAGAAAUAUUUGGUAGCAAUGAAUGAGGGUGUUGUUCUUUUAGCAAAUGCUGUUGAAGAGCUUCUUCGGCAUGUAUCUUCACUAAGGAGUACUGGGGUUGAGAUUAUUAUUGAUAUUAUCAACAAACUUACAUCUUUUGGGAAUGAUAAAUCCAAGGAAACUGUGGUGGAUAUGGAUGAGAACACUGCCAUGGAAACUGAUCGUGAAGAAAAGGCAAAUGAAGGGCAUGAUUUGGUGAGUGCCAUGGAUAUGGCUGUUGAAGGAAUCAGCGAUGAACAGUUUGAGCAGUUAUCCAUCUUUCAUAUCAUGGUGUUAGUUCAUCGAACAAUGGAAAACUCUGAAACUUGUAGAAUGUUUGUUGAGAAGAAGGGUAUAGAAGCAUUGUUAAAACUUCUUCAACGACCUAGCAUCACUCAGUCAUCGGAUGCCAUGCCAAUUGCUUUGCAUAGCACAGUUGUCUUUAAGGGCUUUACCCAGCAUCAUUCUGCAUCCCUUGCACGAGCUUUUUCUUCCUCGCUUAGGGAGCAUUUGAAAAAUUCUAUGAAUCAAUUCAGUUCAUUUGCUGGUUUAUCUUUGCAGGAUUCCAAGUCUAUACAGGACAGUGGGAUAUUAUCGUCUCUCUUUGUUGUUGAAUUUCUCCUCUUCCUUGCUGCUUCAAAAGACAAUCGCUGGAUUAGUGCAUUGCUUACUGAAUUCGGAGAUUCUAGCAAGGAUGUUCUAGAAGACAUUGGGCAUAUCCAUCGUGAAGUCCUGUGGCAUAUUGCCCUUCUUGAAGAUUCAAAGGCUGAAAGAGAUGAUUCUUCUAAUGAGGUGCAUGUAGAUCCUGGUGUGGACCAUGUGGUUGAUUCUCCUGAAGAGCAACGCUUUAGUACUUUCAGGCAGUAUCUUGAUCCAUUACUGAGAAGAAGAGUUCCUGGCUGGACUUUCGAGACUCAAGUUUCUGACCUAUUUAACAUAUAUCGAGAUCUUGGACGUGCAGCCACUGGUUUACAUAGACGGGGUAUAGAUAGCUUUUCAACUUUGCGAGUUGCUUCUGGCUACCAAUCCCAGUCUUCUAAUUCUUCAGACAGCUCUCCUGUGAGUAGAACAGAAGAUGCCAAACAGAGAUCUUACUUUUCUUUAUGUAAUGACAUGAUGAGGUCACUUGCUUAUCAUAUAAACCAUCUCUUUAUGGAGCUGGGAAAAUCAAUGCUACUCACUUUGCGCCGUGAGAGCAAUCCUAUAAAUAUCUCUCAAUCUAUUGUAUCUGUUGGUAACACAGUUUCCUCAAUUUUGUUAGGUCACUUGAAUUUUAGGUGGCAUGCAAGCACUUCAGAGUGUGAGACUUCUGUGUCUACAAAAUGUCGCUAUCUUGGCAAAGUUAUUGAUUUUCUGAAUGGGGUUCUAUUAGACAGGCCAGAAUCUUCCAAUCCAAUUAUGCUUAAAUGUUUGUUUGGACUUGGUGUCAUUCAGUCUGUUAUAACCACUUUUGAAGCGACAAGUCAGUUGCUUUUCACACACAACAGAGUCCCACCUUCCCCAAUGGAAAUGGAUGAUAAAUGUCAAAAGGAAGACAGAGAAGAGCCAGAAAAUUCAUGGAUAUAUGGUCCUUUGGCUAGCUAUGGUACUGUACUGGAUCAUUUGGCCACAUCAUCUUUCAUCUUGUCUUCCUCAACAAAGCAGCUGCUUGAGCAACCAAUCACAAAUGGGAUUGUUCCAUUUCCUCAAGAUGCCGAGGCAUUUGUGAAAUUGCUUCAAUCCAAGGUUUUAAAGGCUGUACUUCCCAUUUGGACUCAUCCUCAAUUUUUUGAAUGCAAUUUAGAGUUUAUUACUUCAAUGAUCUCUAUUAUGCGGCAUAUUUACAUUGGUGUUGAAGUCAGGAAUGUCAAUACUAGUGGCGGAUCUCAUUUAGCUGGUCCACCACCUGAUGAAGCAGCUAUAUCAUUGAUUGUAGAAAUGGGCUUUUCUCGUGCAAGAGCAGAAGAAGCAUUGAGACAAGUUGGCAUGAAUAGUGUUGAGAUUGCUACUGAUUGGCUGUUUUCACAUCCAGAGGAACCACAAGAAGAUGAUGAACUUGCUAGAGCUGUUGCCAUGUCCCUAGGGAACUCAGAUGGACCAUUGAAGGAAAAUGAAAUUACAAAUUCUAAGAUCAUUGAUCAGGAAGAGGAAGCUGUCCAAUUGCCUCCUGUUGAUGAAAUUCUGUCAGCAUGCAUGAAACUCUUGCAGGCGAAUGGAUCCUUAGCGUUUCCUGUGAAAGAUCUGCUUGUUUUGAUAUGCACUCAAAAUGAUGGUCACCACAGACAUAAGAUCCUCUCUCACAUCAUGGAUCAUGUAAAACAUUCUUCUAUACCAUCAGUUCCUUUAAGUGAGAAUGUGUUGUCUGCACUAUUUCACAUUCUUGCUCUAAUUCUCCAUGAUGAUGCUAUGGCGCGGGAAGUUGCCUAUCAAGCUGGUCUGAUAAAGAUUGCUCUGGAUCUGCUUUCUAGGUGGAAUCUGGGUUCUUCUGAUGAAGCAAAACCUCAAGCUCCAAAGUGGGUCACUGCAUGCUUCCUUUCUGUUGAUCAGUUGCUGCAGGUGGAUCCUAAGAUGUCUGCUGGAAUAUACAAUCUAGAACAAAUAAGAAAGGAUAACCUCAAUCCUCAGAAAUCAAUUGUGAUUGAUGAGAAUAAAACAAAGGAUUUUCAGUCUUCUCUGGAGUCUACUAUGGGAUUUUUGGAUAUGGAGGACCAGAAGAAGCUUUUGGAAAUAUGCUGCAGAUGUAUAAAGAGUCAGUUUCCUUCUGAGACGAUGCAUGUGGUGCUGCAGCUGUGUUCUACAUUAACUAAAUAUCACCCAGUUGCCGUUAGUUUUCUUGAAGCGGGAGGUUUGCAAGCUUUACUCAGCUUGCCUACAAACAGCUUAUUUCCGGGGUUCAAUAAUGUGGCAGCUGCAAUUAUCCGCCACAUUUUGGAAGAUCCUAAUACUCUUCAGCAAGCCAUGGAGUUAGAAAUACGUCAUAGCCUCAUUGCAGCAACUAGCAGACAUUCAAAUGCAAGAAUAUCACCACGAACUUUUGUUCAGAACUUGGGUAUUGUUAUUUCCAGGGAUCCUGUGGUGUUUCUUAAAGCUGCGCAAGCUGUAUGCAGGAUUGAGAUGGUUGGUGACCGACCUAAUGUAGUGCUCUUGAAAGAUCGUGAGAAGGAAAAGCCCAAGGCUAAAGACAAAGAGAAGACAGCUGAGAAAGACAAAGUAUCUACUAGUGAUGAAAAAAAUACUGGGGUAGAUGUGGCCUCAGUUGUCCCUGGAAGUGGGCAUGGUAAACUAUCAGAUCCUUAUACAAAGAACAGCAAGGCCCAUAGAAAAAUUCCACAAAGUUUUACAACGGUGAUUGAAUAUCUCUUGGAUUUGAUUGUGAAAUUUGUCCCUCUUCCAAAUGCAGAUUCUCAAGCUGAUGCUUGUCCUCCUACUGCAUCAGUAUCAGACAUGGAUAUUGAUUCCACCUCUGCUAAAGGAAAAGGAAAAGUUAUUGAUGUUUCAUCUCCGGAUGGCAAAAAUGAUUCCCAGGAAGCUCUUACAUCUAUUGCAAAAAGUGUUUUUAUUGUUAAACUUUUGACAGAGAUACUUCUCACUUAUGCUUCAUCAAUUCAUGUAUUACUUAGAAGAGAUUCUGAGCUCAGUAGUUCUCGUGCUCUUUCAAAGUGUAUAAAUAGCAAUACUAGCGGGGGAAUCUUUCAUCAUAUUCUUCUUAAUUUUCUUCCUUAUUCGGGAAUUUCUAAGAAAGAUAAGAAAACUGAUGGAGAUUGGAGGCAAAAGUUAGCUACCAGAUCAAACCAAUUUUUGGUGGCAUCAUCUGUUCGUUCAGCGGAAGCCCGUAGAAGAAUUUUUUCUGAAAUAAGCAAUGUGUUUAAUGACUUCAUUAACUCAUCUAGUUGCUGUAGGGCAGCCAAUUCCCGCAUGCAUGCCUUUGUCGACCUACUUAAUGAUAUCCUUGCUGCUCGCUCACCAACUGGUUCAUAUAUUUCGGCAGAAGCUUCAGUUACUUUUAUUGAUCUUGGGCUUGUUCAUUCUUUAAGUUCGACACUUAAGGUGCUUGAUUUGGACCAUGCUGAUUCACCAAAGCUCAUCACAGGAAUCAUUAAGGUGUUAGAGUUAGUGACAAAGGAGCAUGUUCAUUCUGCUUACAUCAACACAGCAAAGGGGGACAAUUCCCUGACGUUGGCGUCUAACGAGCAUCAACUUGGUUUAUCUAAUGAUCAUGGUGAUAGGUUUGAGGCCUUGGAAACAAUCUCACAACCUGAUAAUGCAGAAGUGAUGGCUGACCAAAGAGAAACAGCCAUCCAAAAUUUUAGCAAUUCUAGUUCCAUGUUAGACGACAUGGAUCAUGACCGUGAAAUAAAUGUGGGUUUUGCUCGUGAAGCUGAAGAUGAUUUCAUGCAUGAAGCUUCAGAAGAUGGUACAGGUAUUGAGAAUGGUGUUUCAACUGUGGAAAUAAGAUUUGAUAUUCAGCAAAAUGCUGAAGAUGACAUGGGUGAUGAUGAUGAUGAUGAUGAUGAUGAAGACAUGUCAGGGGAUGAGGGAGAAGAAGUUGAUGAGGAUGAUGAUGACAAUAAUGACUUGGAGGAGGAUGAAGUUCAUCAAACCUCUCAUCCUGACACAGAUCAUGAUGAGCAUGAGAUGGACGAUGAAGAAUUUGAUGAAGAUGUCUUGGAAGAAGAAGAUGAUGACAAUGAAGAUGAUGAUGGUGUAAUACUCCAGUUAGAGGAGGGAAUUAGUGGAAUAAAUGUCUUUGAUCACAUUGAAGUUCUAGGUAGUGACAAUUUUUCUGUAAUGCCUGUUGACAUAUUUGGCUCUAGACGUCAAGGGCGGACAACAUCCAUUUACAAUCUUCUUGGACGAACUGGUGACAACAGUGCCCUUCAUCUUGAACAUCCGUUAUUGGAGGAGCCUUCUUCGUAUAGACAUCUAGUUCACCAGAGACAAUCAGAAAAUACUGUGGAUAUAGCUUUCUCAGAUAGAAAUCAUGAGAACACUUCCUACAGAAUGGAUGCUAUCUUCCGUACAUUGAGGAAUGGACGACAGGGACAUCGUUUUAAUAUGUGGUUGGAUGAUAGCCAUCAACGUGGUGCAUCUAGUGCCCCUGUAGUGCCUCAGGGGAUUGAAGAAAUGCUUGUUUCCCGACUAAGACCGCCUACACUUGUCCAAAACCAAAGCAUGCAGGUUAAUAGUCCUCAAGAAAAGCAUGAACCCAGUCAGUUGCAAAUUGCAGAGACUGAAGUUAGGGAAGAAAGAGCUGCAGGAGUUAAUGAGAACAAUGAGAACAAUGAGAACAUCGUUAUACCUUCACAAGCAAUAGACGGUUCUCGAAAUGCUGGUAUUGUAACCUCCAGUGGUGAUUCACUCCAAGACACUGGUGCAUCUGGUGCAGGCGAGCAAGUGUCAGAGAUGCACUAUGAACGAGCUGAUGUUGUUGUGCGAGAUGUUGAAGCAGUGAGUCAAGCAAGCAGUGGAAGUGGGGCAACUAUAGGAGAAAGCCUUCGCAGUUUGGAAGUAGAAAUUGGGAGUGUAGAUGGACAUGAUGAUGGAGAUAGGCAAGGUCCCGUUGAUAGACUUCCUUUGGGUGAUUUGCAGUCGGUGAGUAGGCUGAGAAGGUCAUCAGGAAAUGCUAUGCCAGUUAGUGUCCGUGAUACAUCUCUUGAAAGUGUGAGUGAGGUCCCACAACAGAAUGAGGAGCAGCAGGAGCCGCAACCAACAGUAAAUGUUGAUACAGAUACAAUAGACCCUACAUUUUUGGAGGCUCUUCCAGAGGAAUUGCGAGCUGAAGUACUUUCCUCACGGCAGAAUCAAGUGUCACAGGCUUCAAAUGAACAACCUCAAGCCGAUGGAGAUAUUGAUCCUGAAUUUCUUGCUGCACUUCCACCUGAUAUAAGGGAUGAGGUUCUAGCACAACAACGGGCUCAAAGGAGACAAGAAUCACAACAAUUGGAAGGUCAACCAGUUGAGAUGGAUGCUGUUUCAAUAAUUGCUACACUUCCUUCAGAUGUUCGAGAAGAGGUGCUUCUGACCUCACCUGAUACUCUUUUGGCGACACUGACCCCUGCACUUGUUGCCGAAGCAAAUAUGUUGCGUGAAAGAUUCGCCCAUCGGCACCAUACUGGAGCACUCAUUGGUAUGAGUUCCAGGAGUCGCCGGGGUGAGUCUUCUAGACAUGGUGAUGCUAUUGGGUCUCUGGACAGAAAUGUUGAGGCUGCUGCACGUAGAACUGCACUAGGCAAACUGAUUGAAACUGAUGGUGUUCCCCUUGUUGACAUGAAUGAUCUUAAGGCAAUGAUUAGAUUGUUGCGUAUAGUUCAGCCACUGUACAAAGGUCAACUACAGAGGCUUUUCUUGAAUCUAUGUACCCAUCAUGAGACAAGAACUUCUUUGGUGAAAAUUUUGAUGGAAAUGCUAAUGAUUGAUCUGAGGGGACCUAUUUACAGUUCGACUGAAUCUUCUGAAUCACCAUUUAGGUUGUAUGGGUGUCAGAGUUAUAUUGCAUAUUCUCGUCCUCAAUUUCAUGGCGGGGUUCCCCCACUAUUAUCACGUCGCAUUCUGGAGACAUUGACUUACUUGGCUAAGAACCAUCCCAAAGUGUCAAAGCUGCUACUACAUCUUGAAUUGCCAAUUUUGCCAGAAGCAACAGACAGGGGUCGUGGGAAAGCUGUACUAAUGGAUGAAGAUAAAUCUGAAUUUAGAAUUGGAGCUUAUGCGAUUGUGUUGCUUCUGGGGCUCCUGAGGCAACCAUUGUACACGAGGAGUGUUUCCCAUUUGGAACAGUUGUUAAACCUUAUUGAGGUUGUUAUUGACUCUGGCCUCUCCAACAAAGCUGAAAUUUCACUUGAGCAGCAAACUUUGCAUGACACACCAUUAUCUGCCGAUGCUGUCGUGUCUUCUGCCGAUGAGGAUGUUAAAUUGAUCAAAGCUGAUGAUUCUGGAAGGCCUUCUACUUGUGGUACGAACAAUGAGAGAAAUACAUAUGAUAUUUUACUUAGUAUCCCGGAAGAAGAGCUUCGACUUCUAUGCUCAUUGCUUGCACGUGAAGGAUUGUCAGAUAAUGCUUACAAUCUUGUGGCUGAGGUGUUAAAAAAAAUGGUGGCCAGUGCUCCUACAUAUUGCCAUUUAUUCACUACAGAGCUUGUCACUUCUGUGGGGAAUUUAUGUGUUUAUGCUAUGAAAGAACUUAACUUAUAUGAGGAUGCUGAAAAAGCUCUUCUGAGUUCGUCUUCUAUCAAUGGGACUGCAAUCUUGAGAGUUCUUCAGGCAUUGAGCUCCCUUGUUGCUGCAUUGCAUGAAAAAAAGAAACCCGAUUCAUUUGCCGAGAAAGACCAAACUGAUGCCCUUUCUCAUGUAUGGGUUAUAAAUUCUACACUGGAACCUUUAUGGCUAGAAUUGAGCAACUGCAUAAGCAAAAUUGAGAUGUCUUCAGAAAUUCCAUCAGAUUCAGCAUCUCUUUCAGGAAAUUCAGCAUCCGCUAGCACUGGUGCAGUGCCACCACUUCCACCUGGAGUGCAAAACAUUUUGCCAUAUAUAGAGUCAUUCUUUGUGACAUGUGAAAAGUUGCGUCCUGGGCAAUAUGAAGCAGUACCAGAUUUUACUUCUGUGGCAACUGACAUCGAGGAUGCAAGUACCUCAGCUGGAGGACAUAAAUCUUCUGGGUCUGCAAAUACUGAUGAAAAACAAGUUGUUUUUGUUAGGUUUUUAGAGAGGCAUAGAAAGUUGUUAAAUUCGUUCAUCCGACAGAAUCCUGGUUUACUUGAGAAGUCGUUUUCUUUGAUGCUUAAAAUACCAAGAUUCAUUGAAUUUGACAAUAAACGUUCUCAUUUUAGAUCAAAGAUAAAACAUCAGCAUGACCAUCAUCACAGCCCAGUUAGAAUAUCAGUGAGAAGAGCUUAUAUAUUGGAGGACUCAUAUAAUCAAUUGCGAAUGCGUUCACCACAAGACUUAAAGGGAAAAUUGACUGUGCAUUUUCAAGGAGAAGAAGGCAUUGAUGCAGGUGGACUUACUAGGGAAUGGUAUCAAUUGCUUUCUCGUGUAAUUUUUGAUAAGGGCGCUCUACUUUUUACGACUGUUGGAAAUGAUUCAACAUUCCAGCCAAAUCCCAAUUCAGUAUACCAGACAGAGCAUCUUUCAUAUUUCAAGUUUGUUGGACGAGUGGUUGGUAAAGCACUCUUUGAUGGUCAGCUCCUUGAUGUCCAUUUCACAAGAUCAUUCUACAAGCACAUUCUUGGAGUAAAGGUUACUUAUCAUGACAUUGAGGCUGUGGAUCCAGAUUACUAUAAGAACCUGAAGUGGAUGCUUGAGAAUGAUAUAAGCGAUGUUUUGGACCUUACUUUUAGUAUGGAUGCUGAUGAGGAAAAAUUGAUAUUGUAUGAAAAGGCAGAGGUAACUGAUUCUGAAUUGAUUCCUGGGGGAAGAAAUAUUCGUGUCACAGAAGAAAACAAACAUGAAUAUGUUGAUCGUGUGGCAGAACAUUUGCUAACAACUGCAAUUAGGCCUCAGAUAAAUGCAUUUAUGGAAGGAUUUAACGAGUUGAUCCCGAAGGAUCUGAUUUCCAUUUUCAAUGAUAAAGAAUUUGAGUUGUUGAUAAGUGGACUUCCAGAUAUCGAUUUGGACGACUUGAGAACCAAUACUGAAUAUUCUGGCUACAGUAAUGCAUCCCCUGUUAUUCAAUGGUUUUGGGAAGUUGUUCAGGGCUUCAGUAAGGAGGACAAAGCCCGAUUCCUGCAAUUUGUUACUGGUACCUCAAAGGUGCCAUUGGAAGGUUUUAGUGCUCUUCAAGGAAUUUCAGGUUCUCAGCGGUUUCAGAUUCACAAGGCAUAUGGAAGCCCCCAUCAUCUGCCUUCAGCUCAUACAUGCUUUAAUCAAUUGGACUUGCCAGAAUACACUUCAAAAGAGCAGUUGCAGGAGCGAUUGUUUUUAGCUAUCCAUGAGGCCAAUGAAGGGUUUGGCUUUGGUUGAGACACCGGAGCUGCUUGGAAGGGUUGUGCACUUUGUACAGAUAGGUGUAUCAGACAGGGAUUACAGAGCCAACAUACCUUGCUAAGGAUCCGAAGCAUGGUUUUCUCAGUUGCACAUCAUCUUCAACAAAUGGUAGGGUGGAUCAUAAGUUGACCGACUCCUUGGCUAUUGAAACAAUGAUUCUAAGGGGGAAGGAUCACAUAUACUCUCAAUCUCCAAGUUCAGUUUGCAAGCCUGAAAUCAUAGGAAGGUUUCAGGAACCAAAAACAAAGCCAUCUGCAAUUCAAACUGUCUGGAGUGUGCUUUCUCUUGGUCAACUUGCGCUUUUUUUUUUAUUCUCAAAAUUGUUUUAGCACAGUUUAUGGACCGCAAACACCGUACAGUUUUCUUAAUUGGAUACUUGUGGCUGAUUAUGGAUGGGCGACCUCGUUCUUUUUGUCCUGUAAAGGUUUAAAUUACCUUGUUGCCCUGUGAUCUAAUAAGGUUUACGUUUCCUUGAUGCU